AUGGAGGAAGUACGUCACAGACAUCCUUCACUGGAACAUUAUUUGACAGGAAGUAAGUCCCAGACACCUUUAAUUGAACAUUACUUGACAGGAAGUAAGUCACAAAUAUCUUUCAAUGGAACACUGAAUGAAGUCGUUGGAAAACUGCAACCGUAUUUUGGCUUGCAAAAAGACGACGCUGCAUGCACCAUCAUUGAAAAUCCUUUGAAACUCCAAAAAAUGGCAAACAAAGAAGAUACGAUCGAGACAGAAACAACUGGUCAACAGAAUUCAAAUCUUUUGCACGUGGUGUUCGUGCGGGAAUGGUCAGCGUUUGGUUUCGAUUUGGUUUUUGAUUUCCUAAUACUCAUCGUUCUAACUGACGGAAAAUCGUAUGUUAGUGUCACAAGAUCUGCAAAAAUUAUUAGAAAUAAUGAAAUUGCCUUUUUUGCCAUUGGAGUUGCAAAUUACGACAUAGCACAGUUAAAGAAGAUUGCUUCAUCCAAUCAACACGUCUUUACAUUGAGCUCUUUCUCAAAUCUCAAUGCUUUUAUUUCCACAAUAACGUCGUCUGCAUGCUACGAGCCUCGAGUGGUGGCAAAUAACGAAACGAUUAGAACCAGUGUUAAAAAAGUCGCAAACAAAUACUUCAAUUAUAAAGUCAAGCCUAAUUUGAACCUAAAAAUAGAUGUAAAGGACCUCCAGGUCAGUACUAUUCUUUACGUGUCUCGUAACCCACAUCCAUAUCGUUAUAACUACGAUUUAAAAUUUGAACGAGCAUCACAGAAGGAUAAAGUUAUUGUGAUUUCAGCAAGAGCCAUCACGAGACGAUCAAAGCGAUCAAGUCAAGAAAAUCUCCGACCAAUCUACAUCUCGGUGAUGUCUAACAGUGACACAGCAGAAUUUGAAAUUAAAGCAAACGAAUGUGAUCCAAGUGUCUGUGUUGAAGGUACAAAUGAACGUAAUUUUUUGAAAAAAACCAUUUGUUUUACAUUCAUCAUUACAAUCACAGUUGCUUUUUUGUCGUUUGCUUGUUAA